GGGCGCGGCUCGGGGCUCGGGCGUCGCCGUCGGCCGCGGUCCUGCGCGGUCCCCUCGGCGGUGGCGGCGCCGCGGGCGGGGCGAUGGCGAAGCUGCGCGUGGCCUACGAGUACACGGAGGCCGAGGACAAGAGCCUGCGGCUCGGCCUGUUCCUCAUCGUCUCGGGCGUCGUGUCCCUCUUCAUCUUCGGCUUCUGCUGGCUCGGGCCCGCGCUGCAGGGGCUGCGCGCCACAGCGGCCAACUGCACGGUGCUGUCGGUGCAGCAGCUGCGCGAGGAGUUCGAGUGCACCUUCACCUGCGGCUCCGCCUGCAGCGGCACCGCGCACUACCCGUGCGUGCAGGUGUUCGUGCGCGGCCCCGAGGCCAGCUCCCGGGCGCUGCUGCACCCCGACGAGCGCCAGCUGCUCGCCAACCCCAAGUGCUCCUAUAUUCCUCCCUGUAAGAGAGAAAAUCAGAAGAACCUGGAGAGCGUCAUGAACUGGCAGCAGUACUGGGAGGAGGAGAUUGGUUCCCAGCCGUUUACCUGCUAUUUUAACCAAUUUCAAAGAGCCGUUCUGAACUACACGUGGUGCCCAGAAUAUCUUCCAAAUGGCACCUGUGCCUUGUCACGUGCUUCUCCUGCCUCGACUGCCUGUGAAGACUUCCCAGAAGCGGCCUUCUCUGGGCGGCUGUCCUUGACCUCCAGGUUCGCUUUACUUGUACGUCAGUUAGAGUACCACCUGCUGCAGACCGGACGAUGUGCUCCUGCAUCGCACGCAUGAUGAGAUUGUCCUCCUGCAUUGCUUCCUCUGGCCCCUGGUGACAUUUGUGGUGGGCGUCCUCAUCGUGGUCCUGACCAUCUGUGCCAAGAGCCUGGCCGUCAAGGCGGAAGCCAUGAAG